GGGAGCUGUUUGCCCAGGCACCAAUUAAGGAGUAUCCCGGUGUUGCGGUGGAGACGGUCAGCGACUCCAGCCGAUACUUUGUUCUGCGGAUACAAGACGACAACGGUCGCAGUGCUUUCAUAGGAGUUGGUUUCGGGGACCGAGGGGACGCUUUUGAUUUCAAUGUGGCUCUGCAGGACCAUUUCAAAUGGGUGAAACAGGAAAAUGAACUCAGUAAAAGCGCCCAGCUCGGUGAUUCAGGACCAAAACUGGACUUGGGCUUCAAAGAGGGACAGACCAUCACACUCAACAUAGGG